GAGUUGGUGGACGUGGUGGCGACCGAGGUAGUGGGGGUCGGGAGGGACAGGGUCGAGCGGAACGAGCGUCUGUGUUUUGUUUGCUGCGUGCUUGUCUGUCUGCUUGUGGUGUGUGUGUGGUGCGUGGCUAUGGCGGGCGUGGACGAUAGGAGCCAGACGGCGGCGGCGGUGAGCGCGGUGGGCGACUUGCUAGCGCAGCUGGGUGUAGAGAUGGGCGAUGGAUCGGCGAGCUCGUCUUCGCGGGAGAGGCGCGGUGGCGGACGUGGCAGAGGUGGUGGUGGUGGGAGCAAGAGUGGGACGCGGACGGCCGGGCAGACAAUGACCGGGCGUGAGCUGGCAAGGAUCCUGGCGGCGGCCAAGACGGGGAUGGCGAGCCCAAGCGAUGACGGCGGUGAGGCGCUGAUGGCCUCGCUCUCGCGGGCCGCAUCGACGCUCUCACUCGGUGAGUCGGAUAUUCUUGCCGAGCUGGUGGCGGCUACCGACGAUCUCAACAAGGGUGCCGGGCUGGACUCGGAUAAUAUCCGAUUCCUGCUUGGUGAUGGCGGAGACGGCGGCAGCGGUGGCGGCGGUGGCGACGAAGCUGAUGACGUUGACCUCUCGGAUUUGGUUGGUGGCGGGUGGGCAGGCGCGGCGUCGGCACUGCAAGCCGGACCGGGCACCCAGAGGAAGAGCGCAAGCAAGACAGGUUCAAGCAGGAGCGGCGGUGCGCCGCCGAUCGUGGUUUCACCGGUCGUGCCUUUCAGCUACAAGUCGUUUGCGAUGCUCGGCGAACUCGCGCUUCAGGCGCUACUGCUAGCGCGUGAGGCGCUGGUAACGGCAAACGGCAGCGUCAACCGGGCUCUCUCGGGCAAGUAUUCACGGCUGGUCUCGCUCGCGCACCACACGCUUCGCGGUGUCACGCAGAGCCUCAAGGCAAUCCAUCGUGGGCGGACACGGUCGUUGCGAACGCUCAGGAAGCAGACAUGUGGACUGCGGAUGCUCAACCCGAUUCUGAGCGCAGCGGUAGUGCACACAGCCGAACAGGCACUGGCGGUCGCCACAGAUCCCCAGCUGGCGACCGAGUACCCUGACGUUGUGCGGUUUGUGGCGCUGGCGCCGGUCAUUGAGGCCCAUCUCAAGACCGCCGAGGUGACGCUGGCAGCACGGUAUGCAUACGACAAGAGGCUGCGACGGGGAGCAGACGUGGCACAUGAGCGUCGGACCAAGGAGCGGGACACGGCAGGCAGCCAUCGGCUUGGGCGCACCGAGUCGAGCCGAAGCAGCGGCGAGUCGAUCUUUGAUGCCGAGCUCUCGUCGGUCUCGACUUCGUCGACUGCGCCGCUUGCCCUCUCAUCACGCUCAUCAGGAUCCUCGUUGCCGUUUGGCCUGUCUUCAAGCAUCUCGUCUGGUUCGCUGCGGUUUGGACCCUUGACUAUUACAUGCUAUGCCGCAACUGAGCCCAAGUUUGUGGGCCGGUGCCCGGAAGUCUCGCUUGUGAUUGGUGCGGCUGUUGUGCCAAGCGUGAUUGACACGGAUGGUGAGGCAAAAAUAGCCCUAAUUGGCGAGGCGGCCGCUCGUGACUUUGGGGAGUUUGAGCUGGCGAUAGCUGAGCCUGGUGAUGGGGCGUCCAUUGUGGCCGAAGUGAUCUGGCGGCAGCGAGCGGCCGGCCGUGAGAGUGGCGGUGAGUUUGGAGUGAGCAGUAUAUCGCCCGGUGUGGUGGCACUGGAGGGUGGAACGAUUGUGAACGUGUACGGUACAGGCUUCGCCGCGCCGCUUCUGGGCUUUGUGGACUCUACACCGGUGCAAGUUGUGGUGGAGAGCGAGACACACGCGUGGUUCGAGAUGCCUGCGCGUGCUUCGUCAGGCUACUCGCGGCUGAUCUUGCGGCAUGCAAGCGGUGAUCUCGUGGUGCGCGACGUGUAUGCGGCGAGCGGGUGCGCUUCCGCGGGGCUCUACGGGAGGGAUGACGCCUGCUACGAAUGCCCCCCCAACGCAAUGUGUCCUGGCGGUGACCGGAUCUGGCCGCAUGCAGGAUUCUGGUCGUCUCAUGAGGCGUCGCCGGUAGUUGCGGCGUGGGCGGUGGCGGCAGCCAUGGCUGCGUCGGAUCGUGUGCUCGGUGUGCUGCUUUGGAGCGCGCGGAUAGUCCAAGUGGUGUACGCAGGCCAGAAAGCGGUCGGUACGACGGUGAGCGAGCCGCUCGCAACCUUGUAUCGUACCAUGGCGCUGGUGGGUGUCGGCGAUGUGGAGGCAUUUUUGCGCCCGGCAUGCCUAGGAGAGUUUGGGGUGGAAGCAUCUGUCUGGAUCCACUCAGUGACCAUGUUGGGGACCAUUGCGGCGCUGACAAUGAUGGUACUUGUGGCAGCACUGUGGACAAGCAUCGGUACUGAGUUCUCACUAGGGACGACGCGCAACCGCGUGGUUCAGUUGGGACUGGCUGUCUUUCACGUCUUUUUCUAUAAUUCGAUGAGAAUCGGCUUCUCUACCAUGCAGUGCAUGAGGACUGGGCUGGACAGCGAGAUGCGCCUGGCUGGCGAACCGGACAUUGUUUGCCUCUCGUCAAGGCACUUGAAGAUCCUGGUCGCCGGAGCGGUGCUUGUUGUCGGGCAUGGCCUCUUUGCGCCGUUUAUCAUCAGCGGCCUCUGUCGACUUUGGUGGCCACUGGCGAUUGAUCGCGACGGCGUUGAAGAGGAAGGCGAGGCUGGCAGUGUCCUGCAAAUUGUGCUUUUUGCCAACUUGGGAACGCAGCGGUGGUGGGGCGGCCUUGUGUUCUUGCCGUUCCUCAUGUGUACGGCGGCGAUCAGCGUGUUUCUGGAACACGAUGCCGGCUUGCAGCUAGUGGCGAUUGUGGCUGUGACCAUUGUUCUCACAGCUGUACUCAUUGUCAAGACUCCGUUUGCAUCGGCGCGGUAUGCGACAACGGCAGGGGCGGCACUAGCCACUGCGCUUGUGGGAGCUACAACAUCUUAUGCUGCUGCGGCUGAACCAAGACACGCGAUGACGAUUUCGGCUAUCAUGUUUGCGGCGCUGGUGGUUUUACUUGUCGGCGACAUGAUACUGAUGUCGCCGUGGGCGCUCAGCUUGCGGACUCGAUGGGCGGAUCGCGCACUGCGUGCGGUGUCGGCCGUAGGUCCGGAGCAGGAGGUCGAGAUCCACACGCGGCUCAUCGCAUCGACCUCGGGCAUCUCGCUCGGAUGGGGAGGGGGAUCAACCAUCGGGACGUCUUCGCCCAAAGGUCGACACGGAAGAGAGCAAACCAGCUCGUCACAGGCAAGUGGAAAAGAGGAUUUCCGGCCACGGCUGAUGAAGUCAACGGCGGUGUUUCUCUCUCCGGCCGAGAAGGAUGCAUUGGCACGGAUGGAAGCGGUAGCCGGACCAUCGCAGGUGGCAGCAGGGCCGACGGCACCACACCCGGAGACUGACAUCUCGCUGUCUCGAUCGCAGUCGGUGGUGAUAGGGGCUGGUCGGCCGCGUGCACUACAACCGUCGCAAACCCAAGCGCAACGGGCAUAUCUCUUGGAGCGCGCAUUCCAUGCUGCGCGAAAGACGGCAAAGUCUCAGAAUGCGAAGCGGAUCAUGCCACGGUCACAGCGGCCGCGAAAGCUUCGCACCGGGCACGCUCGACCCAGCUCACGCGGCAAGACAGCACCUUGUCUCCGCGCAGUGGAGGAGUCGAAUCACGCCGUUGAGCGCGAGAGCGCAAAGGUCACGGGCGAUAGUGGCGCAUGUCGCAUGGCGUCGUCAGACUCGAUUAUUGCCGACAAAAGAUACGUUGUCCACAUCGUCGUCGGCGGCAUCGUUGUCGGCGGCAUCGUCGUCGGCGGCAUCGUCGUCGGCGGCAUCGUCGUCGGCGGCAUCGUCGACGUCCACAUCGUCACUUUCAUCUUUAUCUUCAUCGACGACGUCGACGUCGACGUCGGCAGUGUCGGAGUUAUGUGA